UGGCGUGCGCUGCAGUGAGGAGUAUAUGGUGUCUUAGCGGCGGUGUCAGUGUGUGUGCACUUGCUGGGUGCGGAUGGCGGACAAGGCGGCAAGCGGGGACGAUCCCGUGCGCGGGAACAGCGGAGGGGCGGAAGGUGGCGGGGAUGCCGGUGGCGCCUCCGGUGACAGUGCAAAGGCCAGCGGGACAGUAUCCACUGACCAAAUCCUGCAAACAGGAAAUUUUGCUGCUACGGGGGUUUAUUGUGGAUCGGGUUCAGCGAAACCCAGUGGUAGAUAGUGCAGAAGUUCCAGAGCUCAGAGCAGUGGAGCCGAUAAACCCAUCUAUGAAGAACCUGAGUGAGUGCUUACGCAAAAUAGGUGAUGAGCUGGAUGGAAACAUGGAGCUGCAGAGGAUGAUGGAGCAAGUGCAAAGCAACCCUCCCAAAGAGGUCUUCUUCCGCGUCGCAACUGAAAUGUUUGCCGAUGGCAACUUUAACUGGGGUCGUGUUGUAGCUUUGUUUUAUUUUGCCUGCAAGUUAGUACUGAAGGCUUUGUGUACACAUGUGCCACAGACCGUCCGUACGAUCAUUAAUUGGACCAUGGACUACCUCAGGGACUAUGUUGUCCAGUGGAUACGUGAUCAGGGCGGCUGGGAGGGGCUUCUGUCUUACUUUGGCACACCGACUUGGCAAACUGUCGGAAUCUUCUUGGCUGGCGUGCUCACUGCCACUGUAGCUGUCUGGAGAUACUCUUAAGACUUCCAUUGCAGUUCUGAGCACAGCUCCCUGAAGCUGUUCCUUUUUUUGGAAGCACGUCUGCAUUCUGAUUUACUCCAGCACUGACAUCAAAGCAACAGAACAAGUGCUUCCACAGGGAAAUCUCAUCACCUCAGCGUUACAUGGCUAAACCUCUUUGGCCAGUCUGUCUUUGGGGAUCACUUGUUUUAUUUUUCUUAAAUUUUUUAUUAUAAGUCGUGCCUUUUUAAUAUAUACAGUAAGAUGGUUUUUAAGAGGCUUUUUUGAUUUAAUACUUGAAUAAGUACCCUUGGAUUUUUUUUGUCCGUACGUUUUUUUGUUUUUUAUGUGAACUUAUUAGAAUGAAGUGAAAGAUACUCCAUCAUGCACAUGGCUCUUGUGGAUGAGUAUUUUUUUUUUCUUGAGUGAAAUAUGUCACAAUUGCAAAGUUUGCACCUAGAGAGGGAAAAAAGUUCCGUUAUUUAAAGGGGAAAUGGUUACACAUUCUCCACUCUGUAAAAGCAGCAUGUAAAGUGUGGAUGUUUAUCAGCUGUUGAAGUCUCUGGAAGUAGCCUUUUACCUUUUUUUCGACUGCUGGGAUUGGAAACUCAUUGGUAGCGGUUUCUUUAACCUAAAAGAUGACAUACUGUCACCACCAAAGGUGAACCUGGCCAGCAUGUAUAAAAAAAUUAUUAUAGUGUCUUUUUUUUUUUAAGGAAAAACAAAGUUUUGCAUGUAUGCGUUUGAAACCAUGUAUGUUGUGUUUUUUUUUUUUUUUUCUUGAAACACGAUGGUUACUAUAAAAAUAAAAUGAAAAAUGACUCUUGAUGACCCUAAAUAUGUAUAGCCUAAAUCCAGACAGUUUAUGUUGGUCACCCUUUGUUUUUUCCAAACAGUUAAUUGAUGAAGUCACGUUGUUUAAUUAUGUUGUGUCUAAAUUUCACCUUGAAUGUCAGAUGAUCAGGGAUCAGAGACUAUUUGCAAAUUGACUGUCAUUACCUUACCAACUGCCCAAUCUUUUAAUGUCUCCCCACAUUAAGUGUUAAAGCACCUUUGUCAAUAAUAAGACUGUAGACUACCAGUGGGCUUUACGUAGCCUUUGUUGGAAGACAGUGUAUGGGGCUAUGUGACUGAAAGCUAGGGUCGGGUUUAAGUAGACCUCUGACAAUCAAGUUGAAGCAAAAGGUUUGGAUUUAGUAAAGUCGGUUCUUUUCCAGUGCAGCAGAGCUUGAUUUACUUUAAAGGGUUCAGUUCCAUCCAAUAAUUGUAAAAGUUGCACAUUACUGCAUGUUUCUAAAUAAAACGCCUUUAAUAAAAUGUAUUUAAAAGAUGA